AAAAAAGACGAGKAAGAAGAGAGGAGGAAAUAGUAAAUAAAUCAGGACUAUCAUUUGUUUUGUCUACGUAACGUUAAGUUAUCUGUAGAAAACGGACAAGUCAACCGCUUUUCAUACGUUUUUACAACACCACGAGGASAGAGACGGGAGAACCGCAUGGAAUAUUUUCUCUUUGUACUCAUCGGGAGAGGACACUCCUGCUGUACGGCUGCUUUGUAGGCUUUGCUAUAGAUUUAUUUUUAUACGCCGAAUUGUCAUAGUGUAAAUAGCCAAUUUUAUAGCCUAUUUUUGAUGGUGAUUUUGAUUUGGAAACCACGAAGUGAACCUAAUGCCAUGCUCUUUUGCAAGAAGGGAACAAUAGCGUAACAGAGACUUGACUAGGACUUCCAGGAUCUUCUUCAGCGGACCGAUCAUGGCUGCGGUUACCAGCCCAGAGACGAGUCCUCAACCCCGGGUAUAUUUCCAGACGGCAGCCGCCGGUUCCACCGAAGAACCGGAGACCCCUGUUCGGAAGCAAGGGCGAGUAACCGUGAAAUAUGACCGAAAAGAAUUGAGAAAGAGACUGAAUCUGGAGGAAUGGAUAAUCGACCAGCUAACGG